CGUACUUAAUCGAAAACAUCUUUAAAAUUACAGAUCGAUGCCAGGUGUGGCGCUGGUGACCGGCGGCAGUCGCGGCAUCGGCUUCGCCGUGGCUCAGCAGCUCCAUCGACGUGGCUGGCAGGUAGCAAUCACCUCUCGUGACUUAGAGCGAGCUCAAAAAGCGGCGCAGAAGAUCUCUCCGGACGUGCUGCCUUUGGCGUACAGCUGUCCGCGUCGUGGCGAAGGAGAUGCUAGUGUUGAAGCGACUCAGUUGGUGGCGCAAGUGUCCAAGGAACUGGGCACUGGUCCGUCAGCUCUUGUGAACGCUGCGGGGAUCUCCAAGGACAGUUUACUACUACGACUCAAAGAUGCAGAGCUGGACGAGCUGCUGCUUACGAAUCUGGUGGGGCCGGUGCACAUGUGCAAGGCGGUGGCUAAAGGAAUGAUGCAGCGGCGUCAGGGCAGUAUUAUCAAUAUCGGUAGCGUCGUGGGCGCAGCGGGGAAUGUCGGACAGGUGGCUUACAGUGCGUCCAAGUCGGGGUUAGCGGGUGUCACUAAGUCACUGGCCAAGGAGUUCGGUAACCGUAACAUCCGCGUCAAUCUGGUGGAACCUGGCUUUAUCUCCACGGACAUGACGGAUACGAUGGUGGACGCUGCACGAGAGCGCGUCCUUGGGAACAUCCCAUUGGCUCGAUUCGGCAAGGCUGACGAAGUUGCGCAUCUUGUGGCGUUCCUGGCGAGUGAUGAGGCAUCCUACAUUACAGGACAGUGCAUCCGUAUCGACGGAGGACUGGUCAUUUAGAGCACAAAUACGGUAUCAAUUACGGUCAUUGUAGAGUAGAGUACCGUAAUUAGUAAUUAUCGCAGACUGGACGCGAAAUGUGUAGGUGGUCUGGACUCUGUAGCAGUCUUCUACAUCAUGCAGGGUUAAACAAGAAUUUGUGAUGUUCUAGUGGCCCUCAUCGCUGGUUAUUUACCUUGUCGGAUGGACGAAAUGCGAGUACAGAUGGGUGUGCAGCCGACCUCCGCUGAUGGCCAAGCUGUGCUUCGUUGAUCUCCUUGUUUAGCCAGGUGAUCACUGCAUCAACAACGUUUAUAUAUCAGCAAUUUAAUGAAAAGAC